CGAGGUGUAGGACUGAGAUGAAAAUCGUGGAGAAAGAGUUGGCGACCUUGUAUGACAAAUGUGUUUCCCAAGAUAAGCGAGCUGGAAAUGGAGAAAGUGUAUCUUCCUCUAUAAACAUUCCUAGUAUCCCGGUUCAAGCUGGGUAUGAGUCCUUCUUAUCGUCCCGUUCAACAAGAAUAUCAAAGAGUGAGUUGAGGAACUACUUAGAGGAUGCGGUUGAACCUCGCAACAAGGCUCUUGAUCUUCUUGGUUGGUGGAAAGUCAAUGCUCCUAGGUACCCAAUUAUGGCCAAGAUAGCCAGGAGGUUCCUUACUAUCCCGGCUACCUCCGUGUCUUCAGAAUCUACCUUCAGCACGACCGGAAGGAUUUUAGAUGACUACAGGAGUUCGUUAAAACCGGUUAUGGUGGAGGCAUUAGUUUGUGGUGCAAGUUAUAUAAAGGGUGCUCACGUUGACUUGAAUCUGGUGCCGAGGGAUGAGAAUGAAGAGGAUGAUGUUGAAACCAUCAAGUUACCCAUCGUGGAGGAGAUCAACGAUUGACACUCAUCAUGUGGAUGUUGAUCUUGAUCUUGCUAUUUUGGAGACGAAUGUCAAAGUGAUCUUUCUCAUGGGAAGGCUACUUUUGCAUUUGGGUUAUGUUCGAACUUGUCAAGUCAUGAACUGUGAAAUGUCACAGCUAGCUUGGAG